UAUCUGAGCCAAGCAAGACAAAAGCAGGGACUGAAUGAUGUGCAGUGGCUGCCUCCCAUGGACACACACAACCAUUCAAGCCUGGCUGAAUUUGUGCUCCUUGGCUUCCCCAGCGUGGGGCGUGCCAGGGGCUGGCUUUUGGUCCUGCUGCUGUUGGCCUACCUGUUCACUGUCUGUGGCAACAUGCUCAUCUUCUUAGUCAUAAGGCUGGACGCAGCCCUACACACACCCAUGUACCGCUUUGUCAGUAUUCUCUCCUUCCUGGAGCUGUGGUAUACAGCCACCACCAUCCCCAAGAUGCUAGCUAAUCUUCUCAGUGAUAAGAAGACCAUUUCUUUUUCAGGAUGCCUCCUUCAGACCUACUUCUUCCACUCCCUAGGGGCCUCUGAAUGCUACCUUCUUACAGCAAUGGCCUAUGACCGAUACCUGGCCAUCUGCCGGCCCCUCCACUAUCCUGCAAUUAUGACGCCCAUGCUCUGUGCCAGGAUGGCUGCUGGUUGUUGGACUUGUGGCUUCCUGUGUCCCAUUUCUGAAGUCAUCCUGGUGUCCCAGCUCCCUUUCUGUGGUUACAAUGAAAUCCAACACAUCUUCUGUGACUUUCCACCACUUCUGAGCCUAGCCUGCAAGGACACAUCCACUAAUGUCCUGGUGGACUUUGCCAUCAAUGCCUUCAUCAUCCUUGUCACCUUCCUCUUUAUCAUGGUGUCUUAUGGGAGAAUCAUCGGGGCUGUACUGAAGAUAAAAACAACAGCAGGAAGAAAGAAGGCCUUCUCCACAUGUGCCUCCCAUCUUACUGUGGUCCUCAUCUUCUUUGGGAGCAUCAUUUUCAUGUAUGUGCGGCUAAAGAAGAGCUACUCACUGAACCUUGAUCGGACGCUUGCUGUAGUCUACUCUGUACUAACACCACUGGUCAACCCAGUCAUCUACAGUCUUCGUAACAAGGAACUCAUUAAGGCCAUUAAGAGAACCAUCUUUCGGAAGGGAGAGAGAGCUAGCUCCACUCACCACUAA